UUUCACGUGACAGGAAUAUGAAAAAAUCCCUGACUUGUGGGAAACAGGUUGCCGAGAACGAACUUCCACAGCAAUACAAUUGAUGUCUUCAACGCACAGAAGACAAAGCAGUCCUACAUGUGCUCUGGCGCUGACGUUUGGAUUCCUUUAAUCGUUUUUUACGAAUCUCAUGUCAGCCAUGGCUUCUCCUGAUAAAAAGCUGAAAGGACUUGUCGCAGCUACAUUUACUCCAUUCACAGCAGAAGGUGAAAUCAACCUGUCACAGAUUGGACCUUAUAUUGACUACUUGGCAGAAAAGCAAGGUGUAAAGAACAUAUUUGUGAAUGGCACCACCGGAGAGAGCAUGUCUCUCAGUGUUGAGGAGAGGAUGACGCUGGCAGGGAUAUGGUGUGAGAAAGCCAAGGAAAAAAUGGAUCAGGUGAUUGUGCAUGUCGGUUGCAUGAGUCUGAAAGACUCCCAAAAGCUGGCUGCCCAUGCAAAACUGAUUGAGGCUGAUGGGAUAGCAGUCAUUGCCCCCUCUUUCUUCAAGCCCACCACUGCAGAUGCAGUGAAGAAGUUCCUCUGUGAAGUGGCUAAAGUUGUUCCAGAAGUGCCCUUCUAUUAUUAUCAUAUUCCAGCUGUCACAGGUGUUAAUGUGCCAGCAAGAGAUGUGUUGGAAGGUAUUGAGGCGCUCAUUCCCUCCUACAGCGGAGUGAAGUUCUCCAGCACUGACCUCAUGGACUUUGGCCAGUGUGUCAGCUACAGUCAGUCUGCUGACUGGUCAGUCCUCUAUGGCGUGGACGAGCAAUUGCUAGCGGCUCUGGCUUUGGGAGCCAACGGAGCAGUUGGCAGCACAUAUAACUAUAUGGGAUGUCAUAUCAACAAGCUCAUAUCAAAAUUUGACGCAGGCAAAUUAGACCAAGCCAGAAAAAUCCAGUUCAAGGUGCAAGACCUUUUCACUUAUGCCAAAAAACACGGCUUUGAUCUGGGAGUGAACAAGCAGCUGAUGAAUAAGCUGUCAGGCUUGGAUCUGGGCCCCCCUCGACUUCCUGUGAUGCCAUGCCCUGAAGUUCACGCUUUGACAGAGAAAUUUCACGGUCUUUUUCCUGCAUGCUGAUUUGUUCGUACUGGAUUGUUUAACCCUUAAAAUCCCUCAAUGGCCUUACUAUUUAGAGCUAAAUCCACUUACUGUAUCCUGUUAUGCUACUAAAGCAGCGAUUUUCAAUCAGACAUUCACACUUUUCAACAAACCUGUCUGUUGAGUUGGAUGGGAAUAAUCUGCAUUUUCAUUUUUCCAACAAGACUAACAGACAUUUAAGUGGCCUUGUGCAAUAGCUCCAGGUGCACAGUCAGAAGACAGUUUAGGAUGGUUUGCAUUUCUGUAAAAUCAAUCCAAAAUAAUCUUUGGGUUAUUCAGCAGUUUAACAUUUUUUGCUUUUAAAUGUCCUGGAACUUACUAGUGCACUCUACUGUUGCGAUAAAGAAAAAAAUCAUGUUUCAUCUGGGUUCACAAGGGUAUGUUUUCUUUUUUGAAAUACUAUAAAAUAUUUUAUGGGCAUUAUCUAUUUACAUAUUUUUCAAGAGUUAAUCUUUCCCUUUGAUUGGGAAAAUAUUGAUAUGUUAACACUUAUUAUUGUCCAUAACAUGUGAACAAUAACUAACUUCCAUUGCCAAGGGAAAUGUGGCACUUUUGUUACAUUCAGGGAGCUGGGGUCUGUCACCAUUCACCAGUGUUAUUAUCUUGUACUGUGUAAGACCAUGAUUGAAUUUGAGCACUCAGCGCCUUAUUUUGUAUUUUGAGAGAAUGAACAUUCCUACAAAAUAAACACUAUUUCAUGAAUGAAUUGUCUAACACUCCAAAACAGGCUAAUUAAACAUACAAGUGGUUACUAGAGAGCGUAAACCACUCGUAAAUGAGAUGCAGCCCUUGUUUAUUUUUUAAUGAAAUGUUUACCUUCUGAAUGGUAUAAAAAGGGAAAUAUGUUUUAUCUUUGCUUUGUAUUAAAACAAAUCACAAUUUUCUUACUAAUAAAUGCAAUGAUUCAUUUGUUGGUUCUACCUGA